CAAGGCGUAGUUGUUCAUGGACACGUUGUAAGUGCCACGGAACGUUCAGUAAGAAAAUAGCAUUGGAACUACUCCAUCCCGACUCGUGCAUGUAUUACACAUUCAAUUAUGAUUCGUUUGCGCAUCUGCAGUAGUCUCUCUUGUUCUGUGAGUUUCGCCUCCUUCCAGAAAGCACUCGGAUUCCAUAUCACGACCAAGGGUGGAAACCGGACGUCGACAGCAACGUCUAUAUUUGGCGUUGGGCUCAUUGAACGAAACAAAAGUCUGCCCAUUGUUUCAAACACCGUGAAAUACGAAAUCCCGGCUUGGAGGGGCAUGCACCCGCUGCGUUGGGUGGGACGACGGCAUCUCCAUCAAGCCACCGCGUCAUCGAUCUUGAGCUUUGGGACGAAUUUUCCACACGCCACUAGCUGGGUUCCAAUCCCAAACAUUCCCGUGCUCUUCUCCAAUCGAAGGACUCCUUCCUUCUCGACCUCGAAGGUUCCCGGCUUUCGUCCGAGGGAAACCUGGACGUCUCCGUACACCAUGCCAGGAGGGAUCGAAUACGUUGUCGAGGUCUGUAUGCUUUUUUCUUCCUCGUCCGUCCAGUAGACGUUCUGGAUGCUUCCCUUGGUUUGGACGGUGCGCGUGUACCCAAUGGCGUCCAUGCUGAACCUCAGGACUUUUCCGUCGUCGGAAAGCUUCCAUUCCCCGUUCGAUUCCCCGGACGUGAAAUCCGACUCCGAGCAGCGACACUCCCCGUUUUCGAGAAAGUCGAGCUGCACGCUGGCCGACGGAGCGGACGGGAGCGACAGACCGGUCGACUUGUCCCGGGACGAAAUGUUGACCCGGCUUCCGUACAAGUCGUUGCUGGGGUCCCGAUCGGGGACCCCCGACAGGAACAGAUCUAGUGUGAACGAUUUGCCCGCGAUCAUUUCUGGAACGACAGUGUCGAAGGCAGCUGUCGAUUGCCGCCAUUUGCGUUGCACGUCGGUCAGUUUGUCGUCGGCACUCGGAUCCGAUUCUAUGUAUUCCUCCCCGGCAUAAAUGUCGUCGUAUUGGCCCGCCCUCUUGUCCUUAUCGAGGCUACCGUCGUUCGAAAAAGCCUUGUCCAAAGCGUCCUUUAGGAAAUUGAA